AACAAAUCCAAAUUCAAGUUGUACAUCGGUUCUCUCUCUUGAUCGCCCACUGGACGCCCUGUCUUGUGCCGGUUCUUUGCCUUGCCUUCAAUCCUCUGGCAGCCUUUCAGGGUGAAACUUUGGACUGCGUAAUCUACUGCCCGUGUGGGACGCUAUAAAUUCCCAGAGCACUCUGGAGAUCGCUAUACGCCCCUACAGGGCGCUUCAUCUGGCCCGUCGUUGGUAGCCCAUGACGAAGGAGGAUGGGCCCGCAAGAGAGGAGUCGGCUUUGCUGUCGACUUCCAUCGCAGCCGAAAGCGUCUCUCUUCCAUCACCACCCAUGAACCCCGAAUCUGAGGAUGGGACGGCGCCGCUUCUUCCACAGGCCCCGUCGGUUGUUGCCACCAAGGACGACGCACCUUCCAACUCGGACGCGGAACGAGUGCCCGAAGAUUUCACGACGAAUGCGAGGGAGGAGGAUGAGGCCAUGCCAGAUGCCCUCUGUAGCUCUUCGCCGUCCCGGGCCUCAUCCAAAGCGUCGUCUUCUAGCUCACCUACCCCACCACCCGUAAAAGCGGCCACUGCUGCCAACGGGCGCAAAAAGAAACCGGAAGCCCCCGUGCAGCUCAUCGGAGACCUCCCGAUUGCGCGUGAUGCGGCCCUGGCCACCUUUACUGUGAUAGAGGCCAACAAUUAUCAGAAUAAGAACCUCGGGCGCUCACGAGAGGAAAUGGAGGGGAUGUCGUGCGAGUGUUUCUUCCGUCGAGAUGUGGAUCCGCCCCAUAUAGCUUGCGGUCCCGGCUCCAACUGUAUUAACCGACUAACACAGAUUGAAUGUCUGCCUGGGGACUGCCGUUGUGGAUCUCACUGUCAGAAUCAACGGUUCCAGCACAAGGAAUACGCUUCUAUCGAUAUUGUACAGACUGAGAAGAAGGGCUUCGGGUUGAGGGUCGAGGAGGACAUCCCCAAAGACACAUUUAUCUACGAGUACGUUGGCGAUGUGGUUAGUCCGUCAUCGUUCAAGAAGCGCAUGCGAGACUAUGCGGAGGAGGGGAUACAGCACUUUUAUUUUAUGAUGCUGCAGAAGGACGAGUUCAUCGAUGCCACGAAAAGCGGCGGAAUCGCACGUUUCGCUAAUCACAGCUGCCGCCCAAAUUGCUAUGUCGCUAAAUGGACUGUCGGAGAUCACGUGCGAAUGGGCAUAUUUGCGAAACGGAGGAUUCAGCAGUAUGAAGAACUCACUUUCAACUAUAAUGUUGAUCGAUACGGCCACAAGGCACAGGAGUGCUAUUGCGGAGAGGAGAACUGUGUAGGUUAUAUUGGAGGAAAGACGCAGACAGAUCUCGUCACAGUGGAUGAUUUAUAUUUGGAUGCGCUCGGGAUUACCGACGAUGACGAGGUUAUGGCGCUCAAGGGCAACAAGAAGAAGAAGGGGAAGAAGAUCGAUGACGCUGACUUUAUGCCUCAAUUGCGACCGAUACAGAUCAAGGAGAUUCCUAAGCUGAUCCAAGCGCUGCGACAAACAAAUAGCCGUACAAUGAUUAUCAAGCUUCUCACGCGAUUCAGAGUCACGACGGAAGAAGAAACGAUGCGGGAAAUGCUCCGCUUGCGUUGUCUGAGUCUGAUGAAGAACGUGCUCGACGAUAAUGGAGGGGAUCCGGAAAUUGUCACACUGGUCCUCGAGUCAAUGCGCACUUGGCCGUUGGCAGCUCGCAACAAAGUGGAAGAUUCGCAAGUCAAUAUCGCUGUCGACAAGAUCAAAGAGUCAGAGGACGAGAAGCUGAAAGCUUUGGCGCAAGAUCUUUCCGACCACUGGGACACCCUGGUUAUGGCAUAUCGCAUUCCACGACGUGCCCCGGUCGAAAGUGACGUUCAGACCAGUACAUCUGCCCACCUUUUCUAUCAGGCUCCAACGUAUAAAAAGGCGGCUCUCCGCCAGCGAUCGGAGUCUCCAGUCAGCGAGCACGACUGGCGGUCGUACAAGCGUAGCCGGGAUGAUUCGUGGCCUUUGGACGGCUACGAGCGCCCGCUCUAUCCGUCUACCAAGCGAAGGGAGCAGUCUGGGCGAUCGCAGCCCGAGCGGCCGUCGUACCAAUGGCAACUGGUCGCGUCGCAGGAGGACGUGAAACAAGUGAUCGCUGCUGCGGUUGCGCAGAAAGCGGCGGCAGAGCUGGCGGCCAAGGAGUCCGAGCUGGCGGCUGCGCAGGCGCGGGCAGAGAAGAAGGAGCGGCGAGAGAAGCGGAAGCAGCGGUCGCAAGAGAAGAAGAAGAAGCGCACGCCGGAGGAGAGGGAGGCCAAUAAGGCCCAACGGCUGCAAAAGUUGAUCGGUGCGGUGGUGGUCAAGUGCAUGUCCAAGUAUGGACGUGGACUGGAGCGCGAGACGUUUAAAAAACACGCCAAAGAGCUCACGACCAUCAUCGCGGAAAAGGAGAAAAAAUCGUCGAGCUACAAGGACAACAAACUGGAAGCGCUGUCUGACGAGAAAGUCGCCAAGAUCAAGAAGUUCUCGAAAGACUACAUCGUCAAGGUCGUGAAGCGGAUGGAGGAGAAGAACCAGAAGAAAAAACGGAGCCAACACAAGGCUUCCGCGUCUUCAUCGUCCACGGCCACCAUUGCUACGCCUGCUGCUGGUUCCAUGGCAGAGACGUCGGAUUCACUCGUCGCCACUCCUGUGCCCGACGCGAUGCUUGACGGCGAUGGCGAGGAAGCGGCCGAGAUCUCAAUGACGGUCGAAGAGGCGAUGGGCCUGGAUCCGGUCGGCAGCGAUGAUGACGAUGAUGACACUGACACCGAGGACGAGGAUCAUGGCCAGGACAACAACGCGAUUGACAACGACCAGCCGGCGCAGGGGAUGCUCAUGGACGUGGACCAGAACGAUGCUGAUGGGGAUGUGGAUCUGCACGCACGGCCACCAGAACUCGACGCUGCAGACGGGGCGAUAUGAAUGGGGCUUUGGCUGUGGCGUAGGCGAUCUCUAUCUUAUCGUGUUUGUUAUUACUGAAUUCGAUGGAAUGUGCGUCGGACGAA